UAGGACUUUACAGAGACCCAAAUUAAAAUCCCCAGUAUUAUGUGAUAGUGUAGUGGGAGUGUUAGUGUAUUGCGUCGUAUAGAGAUGGCCGCGUUCAACAUGUUCCGCAUCAGAAUCGGCGGCCUGGUGAUGAGGGUGGUGCUACUGUUGACUCUAGCUGUUUAUUCUUCUUAUGGAGGCGGGUGCACAUUCCCCGCCGAAUGGACGGGCAGUUGGUUCCAGUCCGGCAUCAUGGGCCUGAUAGCCAUCAACUCCACACACAUACAGUCCAAGGGCGAGUGCUCCGAGACUGAGGCCUAUGACAAGUUCCUGCUUUACGACAGGACUUACGACUGCUACAGGUGUAUGGUUAUACACGAAAAGCACAAAUACGUACUGCAGUAUAAAGAAACAUUCUGCAGCCAGAAAGACUCGCUGACGUCUAUCUGCGACGAGAUCAGCGGCGACGCGCCGCUCUACUCCAUGUUCCGUAAGGAGCCGCGGCCGGAGCCCGAGCCCUGCCCCUUCCACCCCGCGCCCUUCACCUUUACCUACAACAGGGGCUCGGGCGACUGCACGUACCCGCCGUCGCGCGCGGAGUCGUGCACGGACGACUCGCGCCUGCUGCUGCGCUACAUGGCCUGCCCCGACGUGCCGGGCACCGAGAGCAAUGUGGAGGAACUAGUCUGCCUGGCGGUUUGGAAAGAGGGAUCCACGAGAUACCUGGUGGGGCAGAUCUCACAGGUGCAGAGGAGGAACGCCAUCGCCUCUGAUGAAGAUACGUACAGAUGCUUCAUCUACAAGGGGCAGCACGGCGACAAGAGCACGUCAUACAUCAUCGCGCAGUCGGGCGACGCCACGUGCAACGGCUUGUCUUCCCCCACUGACGGCAGCCGCACCAUGAAACUUACUACCAGUGAUGACGAACACAACCGCUGUCACUUCCCGAGCUGGAUCGUGGAGCAUCACAAGUGGUUCAGUUUGGAUCACACGCACCAGUACCACUUCACUACUAAAAACGCUACUCUAAAGAUCAUGAAUACAGAUGGAUCUUUCGAAGAGAAGCGUUUGGUGUGUCACUCGAUCCUGGAGCAAAAGGACAAGAAACACAUCAAACUGGUGGCCCAUGUUACUCGCGGAUGCGAGUCCGGCCACGUAUGCUUAAAGUUCCACCGACGUGAGGGUAACGUCCUAGAGCUGCAGCAGGGCUCCGGCCUGUGGGAGUCGCCGCAGGACGCCUGCGCCGAGCUCGACAACCCGCCCUACGUCACGCUCAUCACUACGUCUCUCGUUCCGAUGCCGUGCCCAAUACAGGGCCGGUACAGCGUGCUGAGCUCGCUGGCGGACCGGCGCCGGCGCAGGCAGCAGCUGUCUUCGGUGGAUUCGGACUCUGAAGGCUUGGCGGAGUGUGUGUCGGGUGACUACGACAGCGCCAGCAUCGGCUGCGGACACGCGCAAGACACGAUUGAGUUCAAGUCUUCAUGCACCAACACUGUGUACACGUGCUACGGCAGCUGGCGCGAGGGCGGGCGCGGCUUCCUCAUCGCGGCGCCGGUCGCGCGCCCCUCCGCCCGCCCCAAGACCUUCUGCUUCGUCUACACGCACCACAACGAGUCGAGCGCGGUGUGGCUGAGUGCCGUGCCGCACUCGUGCGACCGCGACGCGCUGCCCGGCCGCCACGGCGACAAGGGAUACAACCUCACCAGCAAUGGCACGUGUGAGCAGAGCAGCAAGUACAGCGUGGCGGCGCGGCUCGCGCCCGCGGCGCUGCUCGUGGCGCUGCUGCUGCUCAGCACCGCCUGCAGAUGAUAUGACCACUAACCGUCUGCUGAACCGCACGCACACUUUACUUUAGUUUCGUCAUUGUAACGCGGCAAACUCCUACAGUUAGUGUCAAGUAAAAAAGAGAUCUGGGACCUUUAUAGUAUUACUAGACGAAGACCGCGACUUCGUCUGCGUGGAUUUUAAAAUAUCCCGUGGGAACUCCGAUUUUCCGGGAUAAAAAGGAGCCUAAGUCCGUCCCCGCGGGAUGUGAACUAUUUCUGUACCAAAUUUCAUCAAAAUCGGUUAAACCGUGGUUGGGCCGUGAAAAGCUAGCAAACAGACAGACAGACACUUUCGCUUUUAUAAUAUUAUUAUAUUUAAUUUACCAAUACUAAUUGCGAAUUGGCAGGUUUCAUACACCAUGAGAAUAUUAUAGAAAACUUAUUCGUGCAGUCCUCACGAUGCUUUCCUUCACCGUUAAAGGCUGAUUCACACCAAUUGUGUACACGUGACACGCGUAGUAACGCGCAUAAACAAACCGGGUUACGCAUACGUCCACGCUUUACGCAAGCGGUGUGCCAUGUUUCAUACGGUUCCAUACAUUACAACGCAAUGGUACGCGCUACAUCUACGCUUACGCAGCCUGUGUGAACGAGCUAUUAAGCAAGUGAAUAUUUCAUUGCUUAAAACGCAUAUAACUUUGAAAAGUUAUAGGUUUCGAUUCCCGAGAUUGGAACUCCGGACUCCCCGUAUAGCAGGCCAAAGUAAUAACCUUAGACUAUUAUCGUUUGCAGUCCUUUUUACAUGACGCUAACUGCAUUUAGAAGUUUGGCGUAACCAAUAUUAGUGUUCUCAAAAACGUUUUGUUUCUAACGAUUAUUUUCUAGUGAAAGUCUUAUUAAUUUUGAGAUUAGAUCAGCAACGAAAUUUGACUUAGAUAAUAUUACAAUUUUAUUUAUUAAGAGUAAAUAACGAUUAAAACCACUGACCCCUGCUUAUACAAGUACGCUGGUCCUGCGAUUGUCGACCUGUUUUUGAAGCAACUUGAUUUUCGCCAUUUUGGCGCUGAUAGCAGCAGUGAGCGUUGUCGGAACUAAAUGUUAGUGAUAAGACAUCAGUCAACAAUAUAAGAUAUAAGACUUGACAAUACCCCUGUGCGCGAUGGCGAGCCCGUCGCCCACAGUACGGGGGCCCUGGAUCAGACACACAACAGAGACCUCGAGGUCCCAAGCCAAGAAAGCAGGCCUUAGCCGACAACGGCUUAAAGAACAUUACCGGGGAACUGUUCUUCCCCGCGCCACACCCGGGCAAGGAGGGCAUCCCUCGAGGCACGUACCCCCGUCUUGACUCUUGACCUAGGUCAAACGGAGAAGACCCCGCUGUACAUCUGUUAACAUAGCGUCAACAUGACCAUUUGACACUAAGUGUCAAAUUUAAUUCCCGGUACGAUCGCUGGGGCUCUCCGAAUCGGCACAAAAAAUAACUGUCUUUUUUAUGGCACAUCUAUUCCAGCGUUCUUGUAUAUGCCCAUUUCAGUGAUUAACUUGUGUGGACUAAAUUGCGCCGAAAAUUGUAUUAAAAAUAAAAUACUUUAAAAAAAUAUACACUCAUCGGCCGGUUCGUCCCGAAACUCCGGUCGAUAAAUUGGAAGUUGUUUAUUGAACUUGUACAAAAUGUACUAGAAACAGUUAUCAUGGACUAUUGUAUAGGAUUGUAAUUCUAAAACAGCGUAAUGCGUUGCUUUGAUUGUGAUAUGGAUGGUAUUUUUAGACCAGUUUAGAAUUAUGGGAUUAUGAGUUUUGCAAACUUUUGAUCAAAACUCCGGCUUAGAAAUUAUAUCGUGUUCAAUUCCUCUUUAAUAAUGACUGACGAUUUUGAUCCCAAUUCAAUUGGCAUUAGACGUUAGCCGUUCCUGUGUGGCCACUCAGUUUAACGCAUUGAAUACCGGCGGAAUUAUAGCGAUAAUUAUGGCGUUGUUGGGCAUUGACGUUAACCUUAAUAUGCCCCGACUUGGAUGACUUGAUAAUUUUAUCAUGACUCAAUAAUCUGAUUGAUCACACGUCUCAGUGGAUUAAAAUAUUCAGUUGAACGAUCAGAUUUUUGAACGAUGACGUGAUAAAAAAUAUCACGUUUGCAAAGCUCAUAAAAUCCCUAUAAAUAUUCUGGCCUUUUUUCGUUGUGUUUUGGCAGCUUUUUUCUGAUUUUUUUUUUGUUUUCUUUUUAUGGUUAGUAAAUUAUGUAUAAUUAGUAUUUAUUGAUUAGUUGUCCACUUAAUUAACGAUCGUUGUAACCGUUUAGGAGAAACUUUAAAAGUUUUAUGAUCCCAGUGUAAUGUCCAGUGAUUUUAGUCGAACCGAUUUUCGAUAGACCGAAAAAUCGAUCACACAUUUUGAACAGUGCUUAAAAUUAUGAUAAUUUUAGAUCAUACUAACAAUUUUUUUUUGAAGUUCUAACCUCUAAAUGUGCAUCCAGAAUACAUGCUAUAAAUUGUUUACUGCUAAAAGUGUAUCUACACCUAAUAGGCGCAUGUUGUUCAUCAUUCCACUCUACUAAAAUGUUAUAAAACCAUAUACAUUAUAUGACAUAAAAACAUGUUAUAAUAAUAUAACACCUGGACAAACCUUAAAGGCCGAUUCACACCAAUUGCGUACACGUGACACGUGCGUAGUGACGUGCGUAAAUCCCUAAUAGACCGAGUUACGCAAGCGCUGUGCCAUGUUUCAUACAGUUGCAUACAUUACAACGCAAUGGUACGCGCUACGUCUACGCUUACGCAGCCUUUGUGAACGAGCUAUAAAUCUUCAAAACUGUUACAACUUUUUCUACGGGGCCUUUAGCGACUUAAAUUAUUUAACUAUGCACUUCAAACCAGUAUUGUGUCUAAUUCCGAUGUGCGCUUUUUCUAAACUAAAAUGUCAGGUCUAAAUAUAUAGCUAUCCCUUUCGUAAUGUUCUCUUUAGAAAAGGACAGGACUAGAUUUAGACCCAUCAGUUUUGAGAUUGGAAUUAGCCAUAUUGGAGUUAGCGAUGACCGAUUUGUUUUAAAUUGGUACCCAAAUCGGUCAGCGAUUUCUUUCAUUGUCUAUUUCAAGUGUAUGGAUAAAUCGGCCCGUUUCCUAUAUUACUAUAUUAAUUUUAGGUUAGGUCGGGAACUAAACAGAGUUAAACAGAAACGAAGUUACGUGAUCAAAUUGUAAAUAUAUGAUGGUAUAAGAUAUUAAAUUAAAUAUUAUGCAUUUUUAUUAAAAUUUAUGAACACUUUCAGAUCAACGACAUAAUAUAACGCGCUUAAAAUGAUUCAGUCUUCAAUUCUGAAAUUUCAAAUCUGAAACUAAAAAUCCAAAUUAUUACUUUACCCAAAAACUGAGGAAAAAGAGAUUCUAAGACCAGUUGAAGGAGAAUUUUCUGCUUUUAAAAAUAGUGUCGGAAUCUAUUAGUAUAUUUUGAUACUAUGAUGGCGGAUUUGAAGGUUUGCGAAUUUGGACACUUAUGCAUUUUUGUCUCAAAAAAUGCAGAAUGUAAUAUCGCGCGCAAUUAUCGUCAAUCUGAGAGUGCUCUGUGUAUUUUUUGAACUUAGUCCCCGCGUCCCUCAAACAAAUGACGCUCGUCCCCCAUUUUGUAAUUCUUCGGGACGUUGUACAUGUAUAUUAUAUUACUUAUAGGAAAAAACGCUUUUCAAGUAUACAUAAAACUUAUAUAUGGUAUAUGACAGAUUAAAAUAAGUCUAAAUUAAAUAGAUAGACAUAAAUGUAGAGAAAUUGUGCUCAGCAGUGUUUUUUAAUGUCCAUUUCGUUUUUCGUUGCGCAUCUCUUUAGUAAUAUAACGAUAUGUAAUAAUGGGUUAUGGUAAUAUUGCAUUUAUUUUUGCAAAAAGUCUUAUGAGUAAAUACUCAAAAUUAUUUUUGUAAGACUUAAUUGUACCAGUGAAUAAUUUUGUAAGUCAUCGUUAGACGAAAUAACGACGUUAAUGUUAUCUAAAAUUUCGAUAUUGAGUAGAUUUCGCCAUCUUGCCACAUGUUUUCAUCGGGCGAAUCUAACAAUAUUAUUUUAUAGACUAUUCCAAAAUACACAUAUAGUUAGACAAAAGGUUAAAGACAAUUGUGGCUAGAUAAUUCUGUUGGUCACAAUCUCUGAACUAAAAUGAUACAUCUAAAUGUGUUAAGACCCUGUUUUAAUGCUCCCUGCGGAAAAUAGUGCUAAAUUCUCUAAAUUAUUUUGCCAGGUUCUAAAUCUAGCGCUAUCCUUUUCCACGGGGACCAUUAUGACAGGGAUAGUCAGUGACCGUUAAUUUAGUAUAGUUUGGAAACAGAAUUAGCCACAUUAAUUUUUAAACCUCCAUAGCUUUAGUUAAUUUCAGACGUCGUUUUUCCGACUACCGUCAUCUAAUAUUUAUCGUUUUAUUUUUAUUUUUUGCUUUUUCUAACGCUUCCGGCAAACACUGCUAUACAUAAAUCUGACCAAUAGUAGUUAAAAAAUGUAAUUGCUCAUAAAAAUAGUGUGGAAUUUUAUUUGUGAUAUAAAAAUUACUUAAGAAUUAAAAAAGUAAAUAAAUAAUUAAUUAUGUACAUACUCACUAGACUCGAGUUCCUGACAUCGUGUUUCUUUUCCGACGUUCUUUUGUGAUAAUCGUUUUCGAGUAUUUGAAAAUAGUUGAUAAGUGAAUUGACAAAUGCUUGCCUACACAAACCUAUUAUUUUAAAUGGAAAAAAUAUAAAAGUAGCCGAAAAAUGAUAUUGUAAAUAAAAACUUAGUUCAUAAUUUAUAUACAAUCGAUAUUAUAAUAAGUGUAACGCAUUUUUUAAAUACAGGACGAGAAGUAUUAAUUUUGAGAAAAUAACCGAAGAUAAUAAAUAGCGUUAGAUAUAUUGAAUUGAAAAAAAAAAAAAUAUAAACGAAAAUAUCUGGCAGCCAUUUUUUAAAUAAAAGUGUUAUAAAUUGCACAAUAUAUUAAGGUAAUUUUCACGAUUUAGCGUAUAAGGCAGCUUUUGUUGGUUUACGUUUUAUUUAUUAUUAUUAAAAUAAGCGAAAAAUUUUCACUUUGUGAAUAAAUUGCACUGAAGAUUUAUGUAAAAAAAAUGUAAUACUCUAUGGGAAUUGUAUUUUAUCUGCUUGUAAAUAUAUAUUUUUGGGCCACAGACUUUAUUAAUCAUUUCUUUUUUUUGUUAGCCUCAGAAUCCAUUUUGUAUACUUAGCUGGUAAAGUCUUUUAUUGGUUUUUAUUUUUUGGUAAUAAUUUCGCCUGUUUCGGUUGGUGUAAGCGAUUGGUCAUGCCUCGGGAUACGAUUGUAACUACUACGUGUAAGCCUAUUAUUAUAUUUUGAUUACUGAAAUAUAUUUAAAAAUCAAA